AUGCAUCGUGAAAGCCUCAGUGAAGAUAUUCUAAGACAAGCACGUGCAAGCGAUCCAAGUCAGGAAUAUUCGGAUGACAUUUUCAAUGAAGCUUUAAUAUUAAUGGAGGACUUAUGCAUGUCAAUCAACAACAAAGCUCUUUGUCAACUCGGUAUGCCAGCACCGACACGAGAUAGAAAUGCUGUACAAGACAGAGACUUGAUGCGAGAACAGCAGUUUGAUGCAAAUCAGCUUGAACGAUUUGUGCAAACGCAAAAAGAGUUUUUAGUUGCUGAUCAGAAAAAAGCUUAUGACAAAAUCAUGCAACGUGUAACCAAAGGAGAUGGCGGAAUUAUCUUCCUAGAUGCUCCAGGAGGUACCGGGAAAACUUUCCUCAUCAAUUUAAAAUUGGCGUCAGUUCGAAUGCGAAAUGGGAUUGCAGUAGCAGUAGCAUCAUCGGGGAUUGCAUCAACACUACUUGAUGGAGGACGUACAGCGCAUUCAGCACUUAAGCUUCCAUUGAAUUUGCACCAGACCGACACAUCUACAUGCAACAUCAGCAAAAACUCUGGUAUGGCCAUAGUCCUUAAAACGUGCAAAAUUAUAAUUUGGGACGAAUGCACCAUGGCACAUAAGAAAUCGCUCGAAGCACUUGACCGAACUCUGCGAGAUUUUCGUGGAAAAGACCAACCGAUGGGAGGCGCUCUUAUACUUCUUGCAGGUGCAGACGAGCUGAACGCGUGCUUAAAGGCAUCGCAUCUGUGGAACUAUGUCGAAAAAAUUACGCUCACAACAAAUAUGCGAGUGCAUUUGCUGCAAGAUACGUCUGCCCAAAUAUUUUCAAAGCAACUUUUAGAUAUCGGAAACGGUAAAGUUCAUAUUGAUCGCACAACAAAUGAGAUAUCAUUUCCGUCCAACUUUUGUCAAAUGCAGCAGAGCAUUCAAGACGUCAUCGACAGAGUAUUUCCGAACUUAACGAUCAACUACCGAAAUCCGGAAUGGCUCCGCGAACGUGCAAUUUUAGCUCCGAAGAAAGAUGAUGUUAGUAAAUUAAACGGUCAAAUUCAAUUGAAAAUUCCAGGAGAAGCAGUCGAAUAUAAAUCGAUUGAUACAAUAAUGGACAAAGAUCAAGCUGUUAAUUACCCAACUGAAUUUCUUAAUUCUUUGGAGCCACCUGAAAUGCCUCCUCAUUCGUUGGCGUUAAAAGUUGGAUCACCAGUGAUGCUUAUUCGGAACUUGAACGCGCCGAAACUGUGCAACGGAACCAGAGUGAUAAUAAAAAAAUUAACACCGAAUUUGAUCGAGGCAACAAUCAUCAGCGGUAAAUUCAAAGGCGAAGAUGUGCUGAUUCCACUGACCCUUAAAGGAGACAAUAGGUUCUUUGCCAAGACCACGAUUGGGGGGUACGAAGUGUUAGCCCUACUGGAUUCCGGUGCUGGUGCUAGCUAUUUAAGAAAGAACGCAAAUGUGCUAUUGAAAGAUAAGGAUAUUUCUAAAAAGGGUCGUGGGCACUCCGUCGAAUAUGUUGCAAAUGUGGGAGGAGUAGAUGUAGCUUCCGUUGUUUGGAAGGACAACAAAUCUGUUACUCUAGCAUCUAGUUUUGCUGGUGAGCUACCGAAGUCCGAAGUACGGCGCUAUGAUAAGGCCAACAAAAAAUAUAUUACUAUUGAACGACCUUACAUAGUGGCCGAGUAUAAUCGUCACAUGGGUGGGGUCGAUCUCAUCGACAGCAUCAUGGGCCGCUAUAAAAUAUUGUUGAGAAAUUUAAUAACUUUCCGCGAUUGCUAUCGAGUGAUCCGUCGUACUACUGAUACUAUUCCUAGUCCCGACACGCUAGGCUAG